AUGUCAAACUUUACGAAACUUGAAUUUGAGGCUCUUGAUAUUACGGGAAAGAAUUACUUGUCAUGGAUAUUGGAUAUCGAAAUUCACUUGGCUGAACAAGGUCUCGGAAAUACAAUUAAAGAGGAAAAUCAAGAGACUGAGUCAAACCGCGCAAAAGCUAUGAUCGUUCUUCGCCGCCAUCUCCAUGAGGCACUUAAAAGUGAAUAUCUUACGGUGAAAGAUCCGCUUGAAUUGUGGAAGAAUUUAAAGGAUAGGUAUGAUCAUCAAAAGACUGUGAUUCUUCCAAAAGCUCGUUAUGAUUGGAUGCAUUUGAGGCUGCAAGAUUUCAAAACCGUCAGUGAAUAUAACUCCGCGCUUUUUAAAAUAAGUUCUCAAUUAAAAUUAUGCGGAGAAAAUAUUACUGAUGCGGAUAUGUUGGAAAAAACUCACUCAACCUUUCAUGCCUCAAAUGUACUCCUCCAGCAACAAUAUCGUGAAAAAGGUUUUACAAAAUAUUCAGAUUUGAUCUCUUGUCUUCUUGUUGCUGAACAAAAUAAUAAGCUUUAG